GCUGCUCCAUGUACCUUGUCCAGAUCAACAAACAGCUCGCACACGGGGCGUGAGGGAGGUCGAUCGAAGGUCCAUUUCCGAGCCGAGGCAGUCGACGCAGCACAGAUUCAGCAACAAACAGCAUGGACCUAGAGGCAGCAUGGCGUUGGUGUAAGGACAUAGAGAUUGACACGCGUGUGCUGGUUGGACUCGGUGCUAUGGCUGGUGGGCUGGUCGUGUGGCGCGCCGUCAAGGGAAGGACCUCGGCCGAACGGCCGCUGCUCACGAAGAACUACGAACAUAACAAGGUGUACGUCUACUCGUUCCCCGGCAACCCGAAAAAGUGUGGGGUAGUGCACUUCUCACCGUUCACAUUGAAGGUAGAAACAUGGCUGCGCAUGAACAACAUCAAGUACGAGUUGAUCGUGACACAACAGAUGUCCACUAAGAAGCAAUGGCCGUGGAUCGAACUGAACGGAAAAGAAUACUCCGACUCGAAUUUUAUCAUCAAGAAACUCGCAGACCACUUCCACUCUGACAUCGACGGCAAGCUGACAAGCGAACAGCUUGCCGUUUCUUUCGCCUUCAAGGAGAUGAUGGAGGUUUCUUUUGCCUUCACCUAUGCAUUCUACCGCUAUUACGUGGCAGCGGACGUCUUCUGGAGUAUGUUUUCGCAUAUUGUGCCCGCUCCCAUGUCUUACCUGCCAGCCUGCAUAAACAUCUACAUGAUGAAGAAAUAUGCAUUCAAGACUUUCUGGAUGGCAGGAAUUGCACGGCAUUCAAAGGACGAGUACAGAAUGAUCGUUAGCGAUCAAAUCCAUGCCAUAUCAAAUUUCCUCGGCACCAAGAAGUUUCUGAUGGGAGACAACCCAACGUCGGUGGAUGCGUGGAUGUUCUGUCACCUGUCGCAAGUCGUCUACGUUCCGCUAGACCAUCCGCACAGGGAGAUAAUCAGCAAGGAAUGUCCGAACGUGCAGGAGUACACGAACCGCGUCAGAGAUACGUUCUGGCCAGACUGGAACACACUGUUCACAAAGGCAAACUAGUCGCUUUUUUACAAUACAAAGUCAUGACAGUUCAGUUGCUAUAAAUGCUAAAAAUGCUUGUAUUGCUUAAUUAAACGUGUAUAAUUUUGUAGACGUCAUAUGAAAUAAUUAAUAAUCUAUAGCUGCAGGUCCAGUAAGUGCUUGUUGUUACCAGUAUAUGUCAAGCCAUAUGAUCGCUGUGCCUGUAAUUCCAUUUCACUCUCUUUCUCUCUCUCGCUCUCUCUCUCUCUUGCUUGCUUACUCACUCCCUCUCGAUUUAAUUCAAUCCACUCCCUUGCAGAAGGGUAAUAAAAGAUAAAUGCUACUAAAGGAUAAACUAAUGAACAAUGACAAUGAUAUGUGCACUACCGAAAGACGAAUAUAUUGCAUAUAGUUAGCAAACA